CUUAUCAAGAUAACUCUAAACGUGCGAUAGCUUAGAAAUGUAAAACAAUUUCUUUAUUUGUUUAAAUCUACAAUCAUGAAUUGAAAUCGUGAAGAAGAUACUUAUUUAAGUUUAGUUUCAAGAUGAUAAAUAAGACUUUUUUGGUGACAAUAAUCUUAUUGACGUUAUUGUCAUUGAAUAGGAUAAAUCCAAGCCAAGCUCUGGAAUUAUCAAGUGUGUCACGACAAAAAUAUCCUGAUUUAUGUGAAAGGCUUCAUAUGGUAGCUGAGAGUUCAACGAUGCGGGUGAAAGAAAAAUACGAAGAGGAAGAAUCAGCAAAGGAUACAGGAAUCACGGACAAGAAUACUACACUGACUAUUUCGAACAAAGAAGUAGUUGAUCCUGGAUCACAAUACAUGUACGGCUCAUCAGUUUGGGAUGUCACACUCUGGCAUGACACAGCAGCUAAUUGUUGUAAUUUAAUUGGGUGUCCUCUGCCCGAAAAUUUUCAAUUUUUUCAACUUGAUAGUAAUAAUAGAAUCUCGUGCCAUUGCAUAGAUGGUUCUUGUCAUGGAGGAGAUGAGGAGAACUAUUGGGUCUUAAAUCCUAAUUUUUAAGGACUACUUUUUUCAGAAAACGUGAUUUUUUGUUUCGUAACUAAAUUUUGUUUUCAUAAAUUUUUUAUCAUU